AUGUUCAUCAACACUCAAUUCACCUCCCUCGCCGCACUGCUCCUACUACUGGCAUCCUCACUGGGCGCCCAAGGCGCUGCGCUCGAAAAGCGCUAUCCCAUCUCGGUCACGUGGACUACAACCACAACCACCGACACCGUCGUCGUCACCGACUACAUUUUCGUCAAGAAAACCAUCACGCCGUCCGUGUGGCACAGCACCAGCAGCAGCGUGCCGACGACGAGCUCCGGAACAGACACGAGCAGCGCGGCGUCGAACACCGGGGUGAGCUCGAACACUGGGACUGGGAGCGUUACGGGGUCUGCAGCCAGCAGCACGGCCACCGUGACAAGCACAAAUGCUUGA